CAUUGUUUGCAGAACAGAAUAGCACGCAAUACUGACACUGCAAUGUGGAAUGGUUUUGAUUAGUUAAGAUAUUCAUGAUGCAUCCAUUUACUGUCAGUCCCGCACUGAUACAAAGUUUUAAAUGUUUCAGAAACCAUUUUUUAUCUAAGUGCAAGAUAUUUCCUUUUUAAUAUGUUCAGGUCUUAUUUUUCCAAGAAUGGAAAGGAGGGGGUUACAUGGAAGAAACAGCACUUCCAUCACUUCAUCAGCUUUUCAACAAGAUACUAAUUCACAAAGUUUACCAUCUUCUGCAAGUACCAUUACUUCGAAAUCUACAACAAUAUCAAACUCUUCACUUUCAUCUGUAUUAGGUUCUCAAGUUGACAUGUUGUCUACACUCUCACAUGCACCAGUUACACAAGAUGUUGCUUCUUUUGUUACCAUUAUGUCCAGUGUUCCAAGUUCUGGAAAUGAUGAAGGUGUUUCAAAUGCGAUGCAAAGUGUUUUGACAACGUUGCCAAAAAAUAAUAUUACCUUUCCAGAAAAUAUCACAUUCUCUGAUGAUGAUGAUGAUGAUGAUGAUCACUUGUUCUCUACAAACGCAGCUGCCUGCUUAAGCAACAUCGAAACCUUAAGACUUCAUAGUUUUAAAAUUCCAGAGAAAACAAAAAAACGCAGAAAAAAAAGGGGUCCUUUACCAUCUACGACAAAGGCAAAGUUUUAUCAUCUCCCAGACGCAUCAAGAAUUCCAAAAUUCCGAAAACUGACAAAUGGCUCUGCUGAUCCUCUUUUAUUAGAACAUAUUAAUAGUGGCUACGGUUUUCCACGUGACUGUUAUAAUUUCGAAAAAAAAGAGCCAUGCUCAAUUUCAUUGUCACUUGGCCUCACAGAACAACGAUUUGAUGAUAGGAUAAGACAAUACUUCCCUUUACUACCAAAUAUUUAUUUUUUCCACACGUUGGAUAGAAAUAAACGACCGAAACGUGUGAAUAUAAAAUGUCCUAUAAAUAUAAAAAGCCUCAAGUAUAACGGAGUAAUAGUGAUUGCAUCACAAUCUCUCGAAGCUCUACCUCAAAGUACAAGCAGUCUACCUGAGGCAAGUCUUUCAAACGUUUCACCAGCUCUACCUCAAAGUACAAGCACGCCAUCUCAGGCAAGUCGCUUAAACGUUUCACCAGCUCUACCUCAAAGUACAAGCACGCCAUCUCAGGCAAGUCGUAUAAACGUUUCACCAGAAUCACGACCCAGGAUAUGUGGUGUUUGUGGCUGCACAUAUAUAGAAAACUGCAUCCGAUGUGAGCAGGAUUUGGAAUACGAGGAAAGCAUCCGUGCUGAUAGGGCUGCUGAUAUCCAUAAUAGCAACUACGACGUCGAAUCCGACAAUGAAAAUACGCCGUUAUGCUCAGAAGACCUACGUGCAGCCAGAGUUGCUUUUUUGACUAAAAAUUCAACUGCUUCUAACAACACAUUUGGCAAUGAUGAAGUCGAACGUUUCUUCGAACGCAGCGGCGGUGACAUUGACGAACCUGAAGUCGAUAUAAACUAUAUUCCAGCUACAAGUCACAGCGAGUUUAUGGAAAAUGCCCUUUCUAAAUUCACAGCGAUUGAUAAAAAAAAGAAAAUUAUAAUUAUACAAAGAGACAAAUCGAAAUUUUGGUCUGUAUUGUUUCGCCAAAAACUCAACCUAACUACACAUGCGCCAUGUGUUCGAUUCGCAGGAGAAGCAGGAGCAGAUGCUGGAGGUCCAUUGCGAGAGUUUCUCACACUAUCAAUGAAAAAUAUACCGUUGCUCUCUACCAUGGUUUUCGGAGAGGAAAAGUGUCUGUGUUUCGAUGCUAACACAGAAUCUCUGAUCGAUAACAAGUAUUUUUUUUUAGGGCAGCUAUCUGCGUUGUCAAUACUCCAGAAUGGUCGUGGUCCUGAAUGCUUUCACCCUGCAGUGGUGCGAUCAAUUUAUGGCCUAAAUCAACCUGCAACCAUCGAGAAUGUAGGAGACUAUGAAAUAAAAAAAACACUUGAAAACAUUCAAAACGGAGAUUACGACUCACUUCUAGAGAAAGGGAUAAGUGUAAUUAAUCGCUCAGAAACUGAACUUAGACGCUUGUUCUUGAUAAAUAGGAUAGUUCACCAGAACUAUUCUAGUAUACAUCAAUACAUCUCAGGCAUAAAAUCUAUAUGCCCAGCUUUUACGGAACAACGAGCCUAUCAAAUUAUGGAGAAGUAUUUUUUGUUUUCCGACAAAGAGAUCUCAUAUGAUGAUAUGGUGGCUCUUUUUAAUUACGAGGACCUUGAUGAAUGCGAAGUUGGCUCGAAUCGCUUCUUAGAAAUACAAGACUGUAUUGUAGAGUUCGAGCUAUUUCUUUCACAAGUUGAUUCCGGGGAAGUGACACGCAAUAAUUUACCUCUACGUUUUGAUCAACUCGUAGAAUUUUGCACUGGUGUUGACAGGAUACCACCAUAUGGUUUUGAAAAAAAAAUCGAUGUGAAGUUCAAAGAUGUUUCUCUUCCAAAUGCGUCAACAUGCAGUUUAACACUGACUAUUCCUACAAAGGAAUUGAGUAAGAGAAUGGCGACAGGUAUCCACUUUGGUGAAGGUUUUGGUGUUGUUUGAUAAGAUAAUUUUUUAUUGGUCACA